AUGCCUACUUCGCUUGAAUCUUCCACGCCAAUGAUUUCCAAGAGAGAUACCCGUCGGUUUUCGACCUACACAAACGUUUCCUCGGACCCGUCUAUCGCUGGUUCCGAAAAGGCGGCUUUUUUCGAAAUCGAAUCUGGUUUACGCAGAAUGGAGGACAGACGCUUGAUGAGCCAGCGAUUUGUGCCCACCGAACAGAAAAGUGAGAUGAUCUCAAAGUUGGCUCUGGGUGCUAAGUUGGAGAGGGCUUUGAGGUGGAGGAUGGACAAGCAAGACGCCGUUGCCAGACCACGAUCAAAGAGCGGUUAA